UGUGUCCAUUUCUUCUGAAACAUCGUUCCUCUCGGAUGCCUCCACUGUCCCCUUGGAUGAAAGUCCAUUUGAGACUCCAAGGAAAAAAUGUAGAACAGAUGACCAGUCUCACAAAGAAAUGGUCAAAAAUAUGGUCAAUGAAGUUCUUCAGAGAAAGCCUGGGGGCGAGAAGAUCAUACAGGAGUACCAUAAAACAAAGUCACUGACAGAUUUAACCAGGAGGCAGCUUGUGAAUACCUUAGUUGCUGACAUGGUGGAGGUGCAUGGACGGGUCCCUUCUCAGGCUGUACGACUGAAGUAUGCUCAAGGCAUUGUGGCCUUAUUCCCAUAUCUUGAGGACCCAAUGUCAAAGCAUGGUUAUGAGCACUUUUAUGAUCCAGCAUCAGGCUCUGGGUACAUCGCAUGGCGUCUUAAAACUGUACAACGAAGUCAAUCUGAUCGCUCAAGGUCUCGGGUAGCCGUGGAAGAAUACAGUGGUGGUCCAAAGGCUGCAAGGGACUGCACGGCAUCUACCUCACAACAACUAACCGAACAAGAGUGUGAAGAGGUGAUAUCUAUGAUGAAACAUUCAUCUGAUGAAGCCCUAGUCUUGGACAAAAUGAAGGCUACUUUUGAACACAGACAGAAACUUGUUCGUGAUCCCAACAAGUCCGUAGCUGUUCUGGACAUCUUCCCAAGAUUUCUUGACAUACCUGGCCUGAUUGAGCAGGAUUUCUUGAUGCUUUUUGGAGAGGAGACAUCUGGGAAGUUCUUGUCCAAAUGGCCCACGUUUUUCCAACCACACAUCACUGAAGAGGCCAAAGCGCUAGUGCCAACUCCCCAUGUCGAGGAGCUCCUUAGUUCUGCCCAAGGCAAUGACGGUGGAUGGGAUCGUGACAUCGCUUCACUGUGCUUGCUGCUGCAUCUUAUUCCUCCGACAUCGAAGGGACACAAAAAGUCUGCGAAAAUCAGUGCCCUCCAAGCAGAGGACUACUUGGUGAGGUAUCUGCAGGUUGGUGCAAGCAUCCAGAUCUUCUUGUCCAGUCUCGAACCUUCUCAGCCUUUCCUGCUCUGUGUCGGCGAACAAAAAAACAAGAUCCAGAAGACCUACGUCAUCGUGGAUGGCAAGGCAAUUCCAUGCAAAGCACACACAUCAGUCGCAGCAUUUGACGAGCUAUUUAAGACACACUUCAUUUUUGGAACAUCAUAUAGUGACGCACUUGAUGGUUUUUACACAUUCAUACAAACAGCUGUGUACAACAUUGAUGUCGGUAUGAUUAGAGAAAAGCCAAGAGUCAGGGAACUCAGGGCUAGGUUUCUUAACAUCAAGCAAUAAACUGCUGUUCAAUUA